UGUGUGUGUGUGUGUUUCAGUUUCACAAGCGCGCUGGGAGUUGGAUACUUGAUGGUUUGCACCGCCAGCUACCCCAACGUCCUGGCCUUCUGCUUCCUGGACGAGCUGCAGAAGGAGUUCAUCGUGACCUAUGACCCCAAACGCAUCAGGAACGCCGUGCGGCCAUACUCCUUCAUUGAAUUUGACACCUUCAUCCAGAAGACGAAGCAGCGCUACAACAGCCCUCGCUCUCUCUCCACUAAGAUCAACCUCUCCGACAUGCAGACGGAGAUCAAGCUGCGGCCGCCGUACCAGCUCUCUGACGACGACCUGCGCAGCGUCAACGGCUUCUCACACACAUCCUCCAAAUACAAAGGCAUCG